ACACAGUGUUAAGUUCAUGUUUUAAGUAUCCCUAUAUUUCUGUGAUUACGGGGCUAUCACUCAGUCAAGAGUGCGCAUGCGCAGGAAGUCUGUUGGUUGAUGGACCUAGCCUUGAGUGAAAUGGCUACCUUGUAGUGUGUUCAUAUAGUAUAGGAAACUUUGUUAAACUGGAACCUUGUCGUUGUGUCAUUUCGAGUUAACAUUGGUAGCAGAGGAUGGUUAAUAACUACAAUGUGCCACCUCGCUUCGACGAGAAGAGGUCGUACGAAAGUUGGAAAAAUGGACUUGCAAUCUGGACACGGGUUACUAAUCUGGACGUGAAAAAGCAAGCACUUGCGGUGGUAUUAUCGCUCGAGGGAAGAGCGAGAGAUACACUGGAAAUAUCCGUAGAGGAUUUGAACAAGGAUGACGGUAUGGGAACUUUGAUCACAGCACUGGAUUCUGUAUUUCUUAAAGAUGAGAAAGACCGUGCCUAUGAGGCAUAAUCAAACUUUGACAGUGUUACGAGAGAUAUUUCGGUUGCAAUGACGGACUACAUCAUUGAUUUCGAACAGAGGUACAAUAGAAUGCGGAAGUACGACAUGGUUCUCCCAGAUGCAGUGUUAGCUUUCAAGUUGCUAGAUACUGCCUGUCUAGAUGGUAGGGAGAAACAGUUGGCUUUGACUGCUUGUACUGUGCUGACUUUUGCAUCUAUGAAGUCGGCACUAAAAAGAAUAUUUGGUGAAAAGACGUCUGUCGCGCCAAUAACAGAUGGAAUGCAAGUGAGUGACGCAGCAUAUUACACGGAGCAGCAGAGAAAAGGCGCCAACAAGUCACGUUCUCAAGACAACCAGAAGAGGGCGCCAUUUCCCGGCACAAAUCCACUGGACAAAUAUGCAAGGAGAUCAAAAUGUGUUAUUUGUCAAAGCACUUACCAUUGUGUUGAAGACUGCCCUCAUAAAAAUGAACAAGUUAAACUAACAGAGGAAAAUGUAAACACAGAGAUAGAGCAGUGUAACAUUACACUGUUUUCAAAUGAAUCUGCUUUUGAUACUGAGAUUUUUAUAGUUGAAUCCUUAGGAUCUGCGGUGAUUGAUACUGCAUGCACACGGACAGUGUGUGGUGCAAAAUGGCUUGAUAGCUAUGUCAGUGAACUAAAUAUGAAAGAAGUACAAAAUAUGAUUGACACACCAAGCAACAGAGCUUUCAAAUUUGGAGAUGGGAGAAUUGUCCAUUCUACCAAGAGUUAAGAUACCAGCAAAAAUUGGUCAGACUAAGUGUCACAUUGAAACAGAGGUGGUCCCUACAGAUAUCCCCUUACUAUUAAGCAAAGCUUCCCUCAAGAAGGCAGAGGCUGUACUAGACAUAAAAAAUGAUAAGGCAGUGAUGUUUAAACAACCAGUGACUCUUGAACUUACUACCUCAGGCCACUAUUGUGUAAACAUUUUACAUUUAAGUCAUUUAGCAGACACUCUUAUCCAGAGCGACUUACAAAUUUUAGACAAAGACAUCACACAGAGUCCAUGCAAAAAAUGAGAUUCUGACUGACACAGAGAACAUGAGCACUAAAGGAAAAACACAAAGUAUUGUUAAAGCUUUACAAACAGUUUGGACAUGAUACAGUUAACAGACUUCAGAAGUUACUCAGCAGUUCAGGGAAUAAUGAUGAUGAGAAGUACGAAACUGGAAACAAAAUGUACCACAAACGAGUUGACUGUCACGAGUGGAAAGGACCAGGAGUAGUCAUUGGUCAAGAUGGUGUGGUAAUAUUUGUGAGGCACGGAGGCAUGAUUGUCAGGGUGCAUCACUCAAAAUUGCGGAAAGUAAAUGAUAAACAAGAGAGCGGCUGUUGCUGAGAAUCAGUCUCCUAAUGAAAAGGACACAGUAACAGACACAAACAUACCAGAUGUCGCAUCCAAUGAUAUGGACACUGAAACUGACACAGGAAAUGGAGCAGAGACCUUCAACCAUGCCACAGGUAAUACUGUUGAGCGUUCAAAUGAGGAAAACAUUCAACAACAGCCACAUGUGUUAAGAGAACAUGGUUGUUCCAAUUUGAAUACUGGACAAACUGUUAAAUACAUGGACAGAGAAAGUGGUAUUCCACAUACAGCAACCGUCAUUGGACGAGCAGGAAAAGUAAAACACAAGAACUGGUACAACUUGCAGUACUCUAAACCAGCUACACUUUCUGGUACAACAGGGUCAGCUGACCUGUCACUUGUAGAUAAUAUCAGAAUUGAACCAAUGGAAAAUCGAGAAAAACAGAAUGACAUUCAAAAUGAUGAUGUACUUGAAACAAAGGACGUGUCAUUUGACUCAGCUAAGCUAGGUGAGCUCAGUAAUUGGAGGAAAAAUGGAGUGUUUGAGGAAGUCAAAGACAUUGGCCAAAAAUGUGUCUCAACAAGGUGGGUGUGUACCCUUAAAGAAUCCUUAACUGGAAUAGUGCCCAAAGCACGUCUAGUGGCUAGAGGUUUUGAGGAGCUGGCUGCUAAAGAACUCCCAAAAGACUCACCGACAUGCGCCUCAGAGUCACUCAGAUUGCUGAUGUCAGUGAUCUGCCAGAAAAAAUGGAAACUUAAUUCCAUAGACAUCAAAUCUGGAUUUUUGCAGGGAACAGAGCUGUCAAGGGACAUUCACAUCCGACCUCCGCCUGAAGCUAAAAGCGAAGGAACACUGUGGAAACUAAAAAAGGGUGUGUAUGGACUGGCAGAUGGAUCACUCUACUGCACAUAUGUCAGAGUCAAGGCCCGCGGGCCACAUCCGGCCCGCGAGAAGGUUUUUUACGGCCCCUGGGAUGAUCUUGAUUUAUUAUUAGAACCGGCCCGCAGACCGCAGCAAGCCGGCAGCCCGCAGAUCUUUUACACGCACCAAUACUACAUUUCCCACAAUGCAACGGUGACGCACCGAGCAGUAGGCUGCUUCAUUUCAAUAUUUAUUGGCACAGCAGUCGUCAGCAUCACAGUAAAAUUAACUUUCAGAUACCCAUCAAAAAUGGCAAAACGGAAGGUGGACACUGAGAACCGGGGGUUUCAAACAAGGUGGGAGUCGGAGUAUAUGUUCACGGAGGUAGCUGGAAAACCUGUGUGUCUUCUGUGUGGAGAAAGUGUGGCGGUACUGAAAGAGUAUAAUCUGAGACGACAUUAUGAAACGAAACACGCGGACAAAAACAAGAAUAUGGACAUGGAACAAAGGCUACAAAAGGCAGAGGAAUUAAAACGAGGCCUCAAAUCUCGACAGGCUCUGUUCAAAAAAGCCAAAUCACAAGGCCAGGCUGCUGUCAAGGCCAGUUUUAUUUUGGCAGAAGAGAUCGCUAAAUCAGCCCGGCCAUUUACGGAGGGGGAUUUCAUCAAAAACUGCAUGAUUAAAGUUUGUGACGAAGUUUGCCCAGAAAAAAGGCAACUCUUUUUAAAUGUGAGUCUGAGCAGAAACACCAUUGCCGAGAGAGUAGACCAGUUGUCCAUCAAUCUAAAAGAGCAGCUUGUGAAAAAGGGAAAAGAUUUCAUUGCAUAUUCCUUGGCUGUGGAUGAGAGCACCGACAUUUCUGACAUUGCCCAGUUGUCAAUUUUCAUCCGCGGAGUGGACUCCAGCCUAAGCGUGACAGAGGAGUUUUUGGCUUUACGUCCUAUGCAUGGCACAACUACGGGGCAUGAUUUGUAUGAAGAGGUGUCAAGAUGUGUAAAUGAGAUGGAGCUGCCUUGGGAAAAACUCGUGGGUUUGACAACCGACGGAGCACCUGCGAUGUGUGGACACAGGAGCGGACUGGUGGCGAAGAUACGGGAAAAGAUGCAAGAGGAAAACGCGACAGGUGAGCUGACAGCUUAUCAUUGUAUCAUACACCAGGAAGCGUUGUGCGGUAAAGCCUUGAAAAUGGAGCAUGUAAUGAGCAUCAUCACGCGCACAGUUAACUUUAUCAGAGCCAAAGGUUUGAAUCACCGCCAGUUCAAGGCAUUUCUGACGAAGUUAGAAACGGAGCAUGGUGAUUUGCCUUAUCACACAGAGGUGCGAUGGCUAAGCCAGGGAAAGGUGCUUCAAAGAUGUUUCGAGCUUCGUGAGGAGAUUUGUCUGUUCUUGGACAGCAAAGGGAAAGACACAACACAACUCCGAGACGAAAUGUUUCUGUGUGAAAUGGCUUUUCUGUGUGACAUUACGAGUCAUCUGAAUGCAAUGAACUUGCAGCUGCAGGGUCGGGAUCAUGUCAUCUCUGAUAUGUACAGUACAGUGAAGGCAUUUAAAACCAAACUGACUCUGUGGGAGACGCAGAUGCGGAAAGAAAAUUUGAGCCACUUUCCCAGCUGCCAGACCAUGAAAGAGAAGCUCUCUACCAGUGCGUUCCCGAGCGCACAGUUGGCUGAUAAAAUAGGUAUGCUUGCCGCUGACUUUCGACGCCGAUUUGCUGACUUUGAAGCACAAAAAAGCAGGUUGGAACUGCUCGGUAACCCAUUUGCUGUUGACGUGGAAAGCUCACCACCAAACCUCCAAAUGGAGUUGAUUGACCUCCAAUGCAAUGAUGCACUGAGGGCAAAAUAUGCGGCAGUGGGUGCUGCGGAGUUCGCCCGUUUCCUCCCCGACACAAUGCCCCAGCUGCGCAUCCAGGCUGCUCAAACGUUGUCUAUGUUUGGCAGCACAUACCUGUGUGAACAACUGUUUUCUUUGAUGAACCUGAACAAAACAUCACACAGAAGUCGACUUACUGCUGAACACCUCCACUCAAUUCUGAGGAUUUCCUCAGCUCAGAGCCUUACCCCGAACAUUGAUGAACUUGUGGAAAAGAUGGGACACCACCAAGUAUCACCCUCAACCUCAAACAAGUGAACAUUACUGUGCAAUCACAUAUUUAGAGUUUUUACUCAGUUCAAGUUUAAAAGUUAAAGUUUAAUAUUUGUUUUCACUGCAUGUUACUUCUCCUUAAACAAAGUGUUGUUUUUGAUUAAUAGAUUUUUGCACUUUAUUUUAUUGUAUUUCAAUCCAAUUAUAUUUUAAAAAUAUUUCAGUUGAGUGGAUGAUAGAAAAUUGCUAUUAUUGUUUUUUUCUUUGAAGUAAAUUUAGCCCACUUUUGCUAAAAUAGAAAAUAUAGGCUACUGAUGGUGCCUUGAAUACCGGUUUCUUUCAUUUAAUGUUCAUGUUAUGGGGAUUUUUAUAUAAAGGAAAUUUGUCUUUUGUGUCUGUUGAAAAUUAAAGAUUACUGACAGAGCCAUAAGAAAAUAUUGCUUUAUUUAUCUGAUCAUAUUGGAAUAUAUUUGUUAGCUUUUCAGUAGGUUCAAUUAGGUUCACUAGACUAUAUGCGUCAUUUAAAAAAAUUUCAAUGAACAUUCGAACAGUCCGGCCCUCGGCUUGUAGCUAAAUUUUUUAUUUGGCCCUCCGUCCAUUUGACUUUGACACCCCUGCUCUACUGGUACAACAAAGUCAAGGCAACAAUGCUGAAUACAGGUGGAAAAAUGUCACAAGUGGAUCCUGCAGUCUUCUAUUGGCUUGAUCAAGACUGCAAUGUGACUGGAGUACUUGCCUGUCAUGUUGAUGACUUUAUCUGGGGUGGCUCACAGACCUUUGCUUCAACUGUGAUUCCACACCUCAAAGCUGUUUUCUAGGUUGGCCGAGGUUGGCCGUGAGGAGCAUAAUCAUUUUUGUUAUGUUGGCAUAGAGUUUAUUACAGUUGAUGGAAAAAUACUGAUGCAACAGGAGAGCUAUAUCAAGAAUCUUCAACCCAUCCACAUGGAUUCUUCAAGAGCCGUACAAAGGAAUUCCCCUUUAUGUGGAAUUGAAGCUGGUCAAUUGAGGUCAAAGAUAGGACAAAUUUUAUGGGCUGCGAGACAGAGUAGACCUGGUUUGAUGGUUGCAACUUGGCAUCUAACACAAAACACGCCACUGUACAAACCAUUCAUGAGGCAAACAAAGUUGUUCGUAAACUGAAAUCACAACAAAUGACUUUAAAGUUUCAGCAUGUUGGAAAACUAGUUGUCUUCAGUGAUGCUUCGCUAGGUUAACACUGGUGGGACAAAACGGCACUUCCUACCUGUAGUUUGUGUCACUGACAACUACUCAUUAGUUGAUGCUGUGAAGUCAACCAAGUCUGUCACAGAGAAAAGACUUUGAGAUUAGCAGCAUCAAGGAACUUAUUCAAGCACAGAGAAUCCAGUGGAUUCUGUGGUCGACCACAAAGGAACAGGCUCUCGCUCCUACAGGCUCUCAGUAAUGGAAAGUGGCAGCUUGAGUAAUACAAAUAAAAACUGUCACACAACCCAUUUGUAAUGGAUCUUGAAUAAUACUUGGACAUUUAAUUAUGUUGUUAAUGUUUUAUUUGUCUUUAAAGAAAAGGGGGAGAUUGUUAAGUUCAUGUUUUAAGUAUCCCUAUAUUUCUGUUAUUACGGGGCUAUCACUCAGUCAAGAGUGCACAUGCGCAGGAAGUCUGUUGGUUGAUGGACCUGGCCUUGAGUGAAAUGGCUACCUUGUAGUGUGUUCAUAUAGUAUAGUAAACUUUGUUGAACUGGAACCUUGUCAUUUCGAGUUAAAACACAGCUCCCCUUGCAGUUGCUUUGCAUAAUUACAUCUCAUGAUUCAGAAAUACAGAGAUGUUGUUUGAGAAUUUACUGAGAUUGUUGCUCGGUUCUAUUCUGUACAUUCUAUCUGUAA